AUGUCGAGCAAUUGGUUUGCAUGGUACUGGUCGUACUGCAUGAAGCAUGCAACGGCUCAAGAUGAGGGAGCAUUGCUGGACCCAAGCAUGUGCAAACUGGCAGCGGGGGAGCCGAGCUGGCGCCUCUCAGGGAAGCUGCCCUCCAAAGAUGGUCUCGAGGCUUCGAAACUUGUGGCGGCGCAACUGGGUGGAGUCUCUGUCGAAGUCCCCUUGGCAGCACGGAUGGGAGGUAUAUCCUUGUUCAACUAUGGGGGCACCACCUUGUGCCAUAGUGGAUUCAGUAGCCUGAUGCAGUUUCCAACUGCAGAGCCCAGGUACUUCAAAGCGGGUUUGUUGGAUAACUUGGUGCUGCUCUCAGAAUGGGUGCAAGCGUUGCAGAAAUGCACGGAAAACCCGCGUCCGGAGGACGAGAGGGUGCCAGAAAUCCCGCCCCCUUCCAGCGCGCGGCUGGGUGUCCAAACAAGCGGCAUGUUGCCAAAGACGGACGGCAUUGAUCCAGGGCUCAAACUCAUGAAGCUUCUUCCGGUCCAUUCACGUGUCGUUGACUACCACUCGACGCCGUUGACGGUAAUGCCAUGCAUCGUCCGCUGCUUUGCCGUGGCGUUCCUGCCUUUCUGCUUCAGCCACCGUGCAGCUGAUCAGAGCUGCCUGCCGGAUGCCAAGGCUGUGCGAGCGGCUCCUUCAUUGUUGGCAGUGAGUCAACAUUUGCAGAGGAAAGGCGCGGUAGGAAAUCAAAGCAAAGAGGCUGCAGUCGCACCCAAUGAUGAUUUAGCCCAAACCCUGGAGGACGCGCUGUCGUGGGAGAUCAAACAGAUCGAGAAGUCGAUGGGAGAGAAGGGCGAUGAGAAACCCAGCAAAGUCAUGGGCGUGGCACUGAACGGCAAGGACGACCUGCGCAUGCUGCGGGGCGCCGUGAUCAUCGGCUUCGCUGGCGUGGCACUGCUGUUCAUCGUGUUUUGCCUCAUGAGAAAGUUUGCACCCUGGGUCUAUCUGCGCGAGGAAGACAUGGAAUUGGAACCCCUGGGCGAUGGCACUGCAUCACCUGCCACGGCACCCAGGUUUUUCGCCAACCCGCAUGUGACGUUGCUGGACUGGACUCGGAAGGUGCGCCAGACCACUCCGGAGGAUGAGAUGGCCGCAGCGGGGCUGGACGGCUGGGCCUUCCUGGAGUUUCGACGGCUGAUUUGGCGCAUUUUCUCAGUGAUAGGUGCUAUGCUGGCGGUGGUGUUGCUGCCUAUGCACUACCAGGCUCACAAGGAUUCCCAGAUGUUGGAUAUCUUGAGCAUUUUCGACAUCGGUAGAGAUCCCUUGCCCGACUGGAUGCUGUGGGUGCACGCGGUCAUGGUUUGGUUCGUGGUGGGCGCCUCAAGUUGGACCAUCUCUAUGGCACAGGAGCACUUUACUGAGCGGCGCUAUCAGUGGCUGAAAGAGAUCCCAUUUCCUCGUGCCAACACGGUCUUGGUGAGGAACAUUCCAGCCAUGUACCGUUCCGAUGCAGCACUGCUGCAGUACUUCACCAACGUCUUCAACGACAAAGACGCCGCGGAACGGGCCUAUGUCGUUCGGCGGACAGGUCAACUGCCUCGCCAGGUGAAGAAUCUCAAGGCAGCCAAGUUGGAAGUGCUGCAUGCGAAGCAGCACUGGGAGGAGGCUGGAAGUGAAGAAGAGACCCCCGAGUGGUUCUACCUGCAGAGAUGUCAAAAGCGUGUGAAGACCAUCACCGAGGAGGUGGCAGCUGCCCAGGGGCGCUUGAAAGAUGCGGCAGCCCGAGGUGAUCCCUUGGUUUGCACCUCCACUGGCUUCGUGACCUUCAACACUGAGCUCACUGCGCGUUUGGCCUCACGGGAGCAGUACACCCGGGACGUCACGGACUUCCAGAUUUCGAUGCCUCCAGACCCUGAGGAUGUGAUCUAUGACAACUUAGCGGACCAAGAGAUCAACUCGACUGGGUGGAACUGGGCAGGCGUAGCUGCCAUUUGGGGCGUCUUCACCAUUUGGAUUCCCUUCGUGGUGUUGAUCUCCAGUUGGACCACCUUCGGCGCAGUGCAAGAGAUGCUGCCCAGCCUCAAGGAGUUUGUGCAGCAACACCCCUGGCUCGACAAAAUCUUGACAGGUGUCUUUGCCACCAUUGCCCUCAAGGUGGUGCUGGCCUUCUUGCCCACAGCUUUGUAUCUCAUCAUCCGCAACCUGAUGAGCGUGAAAUCCUCUUCCGAGGCGCAGAUCUUGAUGCAGCAUCUUGGUGCGUUUGUGAUGUUUGUGCUGACGCUUGGUUUGGAAGAGGAGGGAGGUGGUGGAGCUGUUGAGGUUGGUGACAUCUCUCAGUCGUGGCGUCACAUUGACAUUGGUUGGGGUGCCCGGGGAAAGAGACGUCGGGUGAGCAUAGCUCAGAAGCCGGGCCGGAUCUUCAGUUUGCUGGCGGACUUCUUGCCCUCGGCGUCCCAUUUCUAUUUCAACUACAUGAUCCUCGGCUGGACGGUGCCGUUGUUGGAACUGGCGCGCAAUGCCAACUUCGCGAAGUUCCACGCCUUCCGUUGGUUCUUCUCCAUGUCCAUGCAGGAGGCCAAGGAGUACAGCGAACCAGAAGAUCCAGCAAGUUAUGGCGUUGGCGCGCGCAUGGCCUACUCUUUGCUGACAGCAGCCAUCACCUUUACGUUCUGUUCCUGUUCGCCUUUGAUUUUCAUUUUUGCCUUCAUAACCUUGGCACUGUCGCAGGCCACCUACACCUAUCUUGUGGUCUAUGCUGAAAAGAAGAAACCCGACACCGGAGGACUUCUCUGGGUCCAUGGCAUCAACCAGCUCUUUAUGGCCGGGAAGGGCGAAGAUGUCAUUACCAUUUACAUCCUGCUGAUGACGGGAGUGCUGCAGAUGUUGAGCCAAAAUCGGCGAUGGUUGGGGCCUCCCCUGGUAGUUCCGUGGCAUGCGGUGGCUGAAGCACCGUGA